CGGUUCGGGCAAAGCACAAUCUGUCAAAUUCUUGAAAUUUUGAUCAGGCACGAUUCUCAGGACAGAAGAAAUUGAAUUUUCCAAAGAGUUUCCACAGCGACCGGACCGGACCACAAAAAUUCAGUGCAGUUUGCAGAUAUUUCUUUUCCAGUUCGUUUUUUGAAUAUCGUAUGUCCAUCCAGAAUCUCAACACAUUUGACCCCUUUGCUGAUGCCAGUAAGGGAGCUGAUGAUGAUGUUCAGGACGGACUUGUUCAUAUAAGAAUCCAACAAAGAAAUGGUCGUAAGACUCUAACAACUGUACAAGGCCUCUCAUCGGAGUAUGACUUGAAAAAAAUCGUGCGAGCGUGUAAAAAAGAAUUUGCAUGCAAUGGUACAGUAAUCGAACAUCCAGAAUACGGCGAAGUGUUGCAGCUACAGGGCGAUCAACGCGAAAACAUCUGCCAGUGGCUGACCAAGGCCGGCCUGGCCAAACCGGAUCAACUGAAAGUGCACGGGUUCUGAGGCGCAUCAUGCCACUGGGGCCGGUCAAUACCAAUAACUUUUCUUUCUUGCAAACAUCAACAAAUUCCAUCAGAACUAUAACACGAUAUCAGCAAAAUUGUUAGUUAGUAAAAAAAAAAAAUAGUCAUUUGACUUUGUACAAUAAUAAUAAAAAUACAUAAUAAUUUUUAUAUAUUAUUAUGAUUGUGCCUUUACGUAUAUAGAUUUUUUUUUUAAAUAUGAAAAUUACUUAGUUUUCACACACUUAAAUGACCUUU